AUGACCUUGUCAAAACUUAACUUCAUUACUGGAAAUAAAAAUAAGCUCGCCGAAGUCAGGGCUAUCCUUGGUAGCGUUAUUGAGGUAGAUAACCAGGCAGCCGAUAUCUCUGAGAUCCAGGGAACAGUCGAGGAAAUCGCUGAAGCAAAAGCUAGGCGGGCAGCUGAACUGAUAAAUGGACCUGUCCUAGUCGAAGAUAGUGCGCUCGAAUUCAGUGCACUUAGGGGUCUCCCUGGACCCUACAUAAAACAUUUCCUUGAUGCUUUAGGCCUUGAAGGCUUAAAUAAGAUGCUCGAUGGAUUUGAGGACAGGACAGCCGAAGCUAUAUGCACGUUUGCGUUCUGCCGGGGACCCGGGGCUAAGCCUAUCCUUUUCCAAGGAAGAACAAAGGGUGCCAUUGUGCGGCCACGGGGCCCAACGAACUUUGGCUGGGACCCUAUUUUUGAGUAUGAUGGGAAAGCCACAUUUGCUGAGAUGAAGCAGGAGGAGAAGAACUUAGUCUCCCAUGGGCACAAGGCGCUAGUAAAGUUGCAGCAGUGGCUGGCCGAAAACCAAGAGUAA